AUGCAGGAUAAAUACUUCCCACUGCAGCUGGCUGAGUGCUGUUUGCGUGGGAUCUCACGUGUGAUUCUGCUAAACAACCCCCUGAGUGGAGCUCUGAUUCUGGCCGCAUUGCUGCUGGAGAGCCCCUGGCAGGCUCUUCUGUGGAUGCUCGGCCUUCUGUGGAUGCUCGUCUCACAUGUGAUCCUAACCUGCAUGUGUGUCUGCAGUGAGGAGGUCUCCAGUGGCCUUCACGGUUUUAAUGGAAUGCUGGUUGCUCUGCUGAUGGGACUGUUCAGCUCUGCUGGAGAUUGGUACUGGUGGCUUCUGCUGCCUGUGUGUCUUGGUGGAGUUGCAACUUCUUUUCUUUACAGCAGUUUGGCUUCGUUUUUGGGCCGCUGGGAUUUACCAGUGAGCGUCUUCCCCUUUAACACAGUCACCCUGCUGUAUCUGGCCUGUACUGGCACUUCAAACCCCUAUUUUCCAAACUAUCCUGCACAGCCAACAGGGGCGCCAGAGAGCACCAACCACACCCAACUCCAUGUUCCACAGCUCCUGCAGGGGGCGUUGUUGGGCGUAGGGCAGAUCUUUGCAUGUGUGACUCUAGGCCCAUCUCUGCUCAUCCUGGGUGCUGUUUUCCUCUUUUCACCCAUUCUGGCUGUCUCUGCCAUUAGCAUUAUGGCAGCUUUGACCAUGAAGCCUCAAGGCCUGUUCGCACCAAGUCCAAUGUGA